GGAAUACACUAAAUUAUCAUCCCAACACUACAAAGAAAACACACACACUCUCCAUCUCUCUCUCGCCUCUGAUCAGUGUGAUCACCAAGUUACAUUCAAGGAGAAGAAAGAAAGAAAAAAAGGGAAAAAAGAUGGGAAUCCUUAUUGAAGAAACCUUAAGCGCUAACUUCAAAACCCAAACUGUUAUUGAUGAUGAUAAUGAGUUGGGUUUGAUGGCCGUGAGACUAGCCAAUGCCGCAGCCUUCCCAAUGGUUCUUAAGGCCUCCCUCGAGCUCGGUGUUUUUGACAUUCUCUAUGCCGAAGCUACUAGCAGUAGCAUCGACUCCUUCCUCUCACCAUCAGAGAUAGCGAGUAGGCUACCAACUACACCAUGUAACCCUGAGGCCCCGGCUUUGUUGGACCGGAUGCUUCGCCUACUCGCUAGCUAUUCCAUGGUCAAGUGUGGUAACGUCACAUCCGGGAAGGGAGAGAGAGUCUAUAGAGCAGAGCCAAUUUGCAGGUUUUUCUUGAAAGAUAACAUUCAAGAUAUUGGAUCCCUUGCUUCUCAAGUCAUUGUCAAUUUCGACAGCGUCUUCCUCAAGACCUGGGGACAGUUGAAAGAUGUGGUGCUUGAAGGAGGAGAUGCGUUUGGUCGUGCACAUGGCGGCAUGAAACUCUUCGACUAUAUGGGAACAGAUGAGAGAUUUAGCAAGCUCUUUAAUCAAACCGGAUUUACAAUUGCGGUUGUGAAGAAGGCUCUUGAAGUUUACCAAGGCUUCAAAGAUGUGAAUGUGUUGGUUGAUGUUGGAGGAGGAGUUGGAAACACACUCGGUGUUGUUACUUCUAAGUAUCCUAAUAUUAAGGGUAUCAACUUUGACCUGACUUGUGCCUUGGCACAAGCACCUUCUUACCCUGGGGUGGAACAUGUCCACGGAGAUAUGUUCGUGGAUGUUCCAAAAGGAGAUGCCAUGAUCUUGAAACGUAUACUUCAUGAUUGGACUGAUGAAGAUUGCGUUAAAAUUCUUAAGAACUGUUGGAAGUCACUACCUGAGAAUGGUAAAGUUGUUGUCAUAGAACUAGUCACGCCUGAUGACGCUGAGAAUGGAGACAUCAAUGCAAGCAUUGCCUUUGACAUGGACAUGUUAAUGUUCACCCAAUGUUCUGGUGGGAAAGAGAGGUCACGAGCUGAGUUUGAAGCUCUAGCUGCAGCUUCUGGUUUCACCAAGUGCAAGUUCGUUUGUCCCGCUUAUCACUGCUGGAUCAUUGAGUUCUGUAAAGAAAAUGUAUAAAAAUACAAAAACUAAAUCCUCACAUGAAGUUAAUCUUCGGUUCAAUUGUUUGUUUGUAAUGAGUUAAAGAUCACAACCCUCGCUUUGUCUUGGAGCAAUAUGAAAUAAGAAGUAAAAUUUUAUACUA